AUGACAAGCCGAGAAGGGCAAGUCGGCGAGGACGUCGGUGAGCAAAAUGAGCAGAGUGUUGUGAAAGCUGCUAGUGAAGCAGGCAAGGCAACGGAUGCAGACCGCAGAGAGGUCUUGUCCAGCUCUGAUAGUGAAAGUUCACAGGAUGCUCCGCAGCUCAAGGCAAGUUGCAGUCCGCUGGGGGCUGACAGUACCCAUGUGGAUUCACAGCGUGCAGAAGAGGUCGGGCACGAGGCGCUGGGAGAUGCUGCUGAAGCGCCACCGUUGGUGCGCAGCCGCAGCAGGAGCGCCAGCCCGAUGGCCCAGGGCGAACCCGAUCCAGGGCCCAAGAGAGGUCCGCACGUCUUGCGGCAGUCCGGGCGUCGCCUUCGUGAUAGCGACCUCGUCCGCUUUGCUCGUGAAAAGGGCAGUGGGUACGACGAGAUCGACUUCUCCCGCAACGAUUUGACAUCGAAGUCAGUCCCCGACAUUGUGGAGAUCUGUAAGAAGUCCCACCAGCUGAAGAUUUUGAAGCUUUUCAACAACCGAUUAGGAGACGAUGGUGCCGAGGAGCUUGGAGAGAUCUUCCAGCACUGUGCAUCCAUUGAGGAGAUACAUCUCAGCCACAACGACUUCACCCGCAAAGGAGUCGAGAUUCUAGUGUUGGCUGCUGACAGGGGCCUGCCAAAGGAUGUGAAGCGUCCACUUUGGCUUCGGAUGGAGCACAACAAGGUAUCGGACACCGAAGGCUUCGCGCGUGAUUUGGAGAGGGACUGUCCUGCUGUGUGUGGCAGGGAGGACCGGCUCCCAAAGGCAGGGGGCGAGGGAAAGAGAGCUGGGGUCCAGGCCAAGGCCAAGGCCCGCUGCGCCGCGAGAGGAGAGACUCACGGAGAAGGCCCAACAGAGCUCCGAUGCGCCGUCGGAGUCGGCCGAAGGAGAGUCGCAGCCGAAGCGCCAGGAGGAGACCAAGGAUGCCUGAGAGGCAGGAGCCGUCGUGCCGCUUGCGUUUGCAAAGUGUGCCAAGGGGAGGCUGCGGAGGGCGGAGGGCUUCCAGCUCUCGAGAAAGACUGCCACAACCCCCACCUCGCAGGCCUCUUUACAGGAGGCGAGAGCGAGUCCGCCUGCCACCCAGGCUGUCCAGAUCACAACAUGCGGCCCGUGACCUCUCGCAACCGGCCGCAGGCGCCUCCGCUGGCGCAUGCAGUGCCACGUCGGGUGCCUGCCUAUACUCGACAGUUUGACAUGCUGGACAAGCAGCCCGGUCAAGGCCGUGUGGCUUCCAUUCAGCAGAAAACCUUGGCUUGCCUCCUGGCUGAAUUGAGGUGCAAGCAUCGAUUGGGGCCCGGGCCCAGUGCCGAGAGCGAGCCGAAUCGAGUCAGCAGCCGCGACGCUUUGCCACACUUCCAGGAUAGGAAUGGGGAAGACAUUCUGGAGGCUUCCUUGAAGAGCAAAUUCUGCGAUCAGAAGCUCAAAGGCUGCGAGGAGAAGCUGAUCAGCUGGAGCAAGAACAGGCGCACUCGAAGCAGCAUGGCCUCGGUCACCCCGCUUCCUGUUCGAAUCUUGGCAAUGUUGCCAUACUUUCUUCCAGUGCUGGAUGCAUUGCGCUUCUUUGGAGCUGGCCUCGCAUCCGAGCACUUGCCAAGCUAUUACCUUGCAUGUACGUCCGUUCUUUCGGCAAUUCCGCAGGAUUUUCGAGAACUCCUUGAUGUGGGGCAGCCACUCCUGCUGUUCGCAAUGCCCACAAUAGCCGUGCGGCGGCAGUUGCCGGAGCUUCUUCGCUUCAACCUUAACCAGGCCUUCCUGCUCGACCUCGCCACUUGCAUCGCUUUCCAUCUAUCUUCCUUCGCGCGAUGGAUGACAUUACAGAGUGAAAGUGCGUUCUACGUGCCUACAGCCGCGGAGCCUCCCCUGAUGCCGUUCAGCAACGUUGUGCUUCUGCUGCUUUCAGCAUGCACGAUUUACAGCAUGUGCUGCACGCUCAGCGGGACCACUCCAGAGGGCAUCCCGUACCUUUCGGCUGAAGCCAGAAGAAGUUUGGGAACAAGUGCUGCUGCCAUGAAGCGCCGCAUGACCAAAUCAGGCCGUUAA